AUGAAGGGGGAGAGACCUGCAGGCCCAGAAAUAGAAGAAGGACAAAGCAGAGCAGGAAAAGCCUCCAGGGCAGUUCAGCCGGAAUAUGCCACAGAGAGACCGGGAUGGGAAAAAUCGCAAGAGGGCAAAGGGGAACCAUCCAGGGGGAUGCAAGAGCGCUGGGAUGUCCAAUGGCAGGAGUUCCUGAAGACACUGCAGCCCAGUCACACAGGAGAGGGGAGCCCAGUGAUGUCAGAAACUGCCCCAUGGGAAGACGCCAAGGCCUUUCUGGCCUCCUUUGAGCAAGUGGCCAAGGCCUGCCGAUGGCCGAGAGGAGAGUGGGCAGCCCGGCUCCUGCCAGCCCUGAGUGGAGAAGCGGAAGAGGCCUUCCAAAGCCUGGAAGCCAGAGAUCAGGAGGAUUAUGGGAAAGUGAAGGCGGCCAUCUUGCAAGGGGAAGCCCUGAGGAUGGAGGCGCAGCGCCAGCACUUCAGGCAAUUCUGCUGCCAGGAGGUCAGAGACCCCCGAAGGAUCCACAGCCAAGUCCAGGAGCUUUGCCGGCAGUGGCUGAAGCCGGAGAGACACAGCAAGGAGCAGAUCCUGGAGCUGCUGAUCCUGGAGCAGUUCCUGGCCAGCCUGCCAGCGGACCUCCAGGGCUGGAUCCGGGCAGGAGGGCCGGACACCUGCUCCCAGGCUGUGGCCCUGGCCGAGGACUUCCUCACGAGCCAGAAAGAGGCUGAAACAGCUACCUUGCAGGAAGAGAUGGAUGUCCGUGGAAGUCGCCUGUGUUUGCAGAUCGUCAACCCUGAUUUUCCCCGGCCCGCCCAACAGACCACAGUCUGGCAAGUCCUGCAGGAGGACGGGGGGAACGUAGAGCCUUCAGGUAAGGAGCUCUUUUGCUCAAGUCCCAUGAAUUCAAAAUACAUAUAUAUCUAG